UGUGCUGUCAUCUCAAGAGCAGUGGAUCCUUGUAUCUCAGAACUAGAUCUGGCUUUUUUUUUGUUUUAACUCCUAUCUCUUAUGACUUUAUUUUCCCUUCUCAUUCAGAUAAUGGCACCAUGUGUAAAAUCUAUUUUGCGCUGCAAGAGAUUUUUCAUUUUAUUUUUCACUCCGCUUCUACUAUUGCCCCUGCCACUGAUCAUCAAAACUAAGGAAGCCAGCUGUGCCUAUGUAAUCAUCCUUAUGGCUGUAUUCUGGUGUACAGAAGUCAUUCCUCUUGCUGUCACUGCCCUCUUGCCGGUUCUGCUCUUUCCGAUGUUUGGGAUACUAGAAUCAAAAACGGUUUGCAUGCAGUAUCUGAAGGACACCAACAUGCUUUUUGUUGGAGGAUUAAUAGUGGCUGUAGCAGUGGAACACUGGAAUCUACAUAAGCGGAUUGCACUGAGGGUUCUUCUAAUAGUUGGAGUGAAACCAGCUUUGCUCAUGCUCGGUUUCAUGGGGGUCACAGCCUUCUUGUCAAUGUGGAUUAGUAAUACUGCUACCACAGCUAUGAUGGUUCCGAUUGUUCAGGCUGUUUUGAGUCAACUCAACAAUGCAGAACUGGAUCCUUCAAUUUUAGAAGAUGGAAUAACACACACAGCAAUGGAACUAGAAGAAAAAAAUGCUAUAGCUCCACCCUCUGUACAGGUUGUGGGUAAUGGACAUAUGCCUGAGCUAUCUGCAUAUGCUGCUGACAAACAAGAGAAGAAACGCAUUAAUAAAGGAAUGAUGUUAUGUGUAUGCUAUGCUGCAAGCAUUGGAGGAACUGCAACCUUAACCGGAACUGGUCCAAACCUUGUUUUAAAAGGGCAGCUUUCCCAGAUUUUUCCAGAGAACGGAGAUGUUCUGAAUUUUGCAUCAUGGUUUGGUUUUGCCUUUCCCAACAUGAUUGUGAUGUUGUGCUUGGCCUGGUUCUGGCUUCAGUUCUCUUUCAUGGGAUUAAACUUAAAGAAGACAUGGGGAUGUGGCGCUUCCAGGUCAGAAAAAGAACGAGCAGCAUAUAAUGUGAUCCAGGAAGAGCACCGCAAAUUGGGUCCCAUUUCAUUUGCAGAGUGCAGUGUCCUCUUUCUCUUCACUCUACUAGUCGUACUUUGGUUUACAAGAGAUCCCGGUUUUGUCAAAGGCUGGGCCACCAUACUCUUCAAUACGGACAAUGUAGAGUAUGUGACCGAUGCCACCGUGGCUGUGUUUAUUGCCGUCCUCCUUUUCAUUUUGCCAGCUACCAAACCCAAGUUUAGCUGUUUCAAGAAAAGUAACAGCUUUGAUCUGGAUGAAGAAGAACCAAAUGAAGCAUUUUGCUCUGCUCCAUUAUUGACAUGGAAGGUUGUCCAUAAACAGAUGCCCUGGAGCAUUGUGCUUCUUCUUGGAGGAGGAUUUGCCCUGGCUAAAGGCAGUGAUGCUUCUGGUCUGUCUUCGUGGCUGGGACAGCAAAUGACACCAUUACAUACUAUCCCGCCCUGGGCGAUUGCAAUUAUCUUGUCACUACUGAUCGCAGUUUUCACAGAGUGUGCCAGCAAUGUUGCCACCGCAACGCUCUUCUUGCCGAUCCUUGCAUCCAUGUCAAGAUCCAUUGAGGUAAAUCCACUUUACAUUAUGAUUCCUUGUACGCUCAGCACAUCCUUUGCCUUCAUGUUGCCAGUGGCCACACCUCCAAAUGCCAUUGUCUUCUCGUAUGGUCAUCUCCGAGUUUCUGAUAUGGUAAAGACCGGCAUUGUGAUGAAUUUAAUUGGUGUUAUAUGCACUACGAUAGCAGUCAAUAGCUGGGGAAGACCUAUGUUUGAUUUGGACAUUUUCCCUCUUUGGGCAAACAAUACAGGAGGAAACUGAUUUGUUUGGAGGGCUGAAAAUCCAGAAAACAUGGACAUAUCAUCAGAAGUUUAGGCUUUAUAAGCAAUAUUUUAAACUGUUAAUAACUAUUGAUAUUCAUCUCGGAUUUGUAUGCUGCUGAAACAAAACAGUCUUGGGUUCCAUAUUUCUUUCUGGCCCAAAGGCUAUCGUCCAUCCAUCAUCUCUUGUAGCCACAGGAAAUCAAGAAGACCAGAAAACUUGGGGAACAUAAUACAAGUCAUUCUGCAAAGAAUAAUACUUAGAUGUAAUAACCACAGAGAGAACUUUGAUUUAAAAUUAUUUUUAUUACAGUAACUAUUACAACAUGAAGCUGCUCAGAGAGUAUUUAUGCAUCAAUGAAAACACAAUCUAGAAACCGUAGGCGUCAUAUUGCAAUGUUUGUAUUUUCUAAGUUAUUAAAAAAGGUAUUUCAAAUUCUUAAAUUUAUGUCAUGGGCAUUUGAUUUAAAUGGAGCUAAAUGUUUUAAAAAAAUAAAGAAUUUAGAAAAUGUA